AAAAAUACUCCACUUCACAAUCACCAGGAUGCAAUCUUCUUCAACCCCUCCAUCCAUCAAUUUACUUCACCAUUAACUCCGGCGAUGUACUGGUUCAAGAAUCUAACUCGAUUGUCCUCUCCGUUCAAGCACCACUCCACCGGCAAAUUCACACCACCCACUUUGUUUUCCCUGCAACACCUCCACCACUUCACCACCGCCGGCGAUGCAGUGGCUCCACCGACUUCCGGGCUUGAGCCCACCAAGAAAACCGACAAGCCUAGAGUGGUGGUUCUGGGUUCCGGUUGGGCAGGGUGUAGGCUUAUGAAAGGCAUCGACACCAGUUUAUACGAUGUCGUUUGUGUUUCCCCUAGGAACCAUAUGGUUUUUACUCCUCUAUUGGCUUCUACCUGUGUCGGUACUCUCGAGUUCCGGUCUGUUGCUGAGCCGAUCGGCCGGAUUCAGCCGGCGAUCUCCAGCGAACCCGGUUCGUAUUUCUUCCUAGCUAAUUGCAAAGGCCUUGAUGUCAAGAAUCAUGAGGUGCAUUGCCAAGCAAUAACCGAAGGAGCACAGACAAUGGAUCCAUGGGAUUUCAAGGUUUCGUAUGACAAAUUAGUCAUUGCCUCCGGAGCCGAGGCUUCAACUUUUGGAAUCAAAGGUGUCAAAGAACACGCCAUUUUUCUUCGUGAGGUGCACCAUGCUCAAGAAAUCCGAAGAAAACUGCUUCUCAACUUGAUGCUUUCUGAUGUCCCCGGAGUAUCUGAUGAAGAAAAGCGUAGACUUCUGCAUUGUGUUGUUGUUGGAGGCGGUCCAACUGGAGUUGAGUUCAGUGGCGAACUCAGUGAUUUCAUCAUGAGAGAUGUUCAUCAAAGAUAUUCUCAUGUGAAAGAUUACAUUCACGUUACGUUGAUCGAGGCGAAUGAUAUCUUAUCUUCAUUUGAUGAUCGUCUUCGGGUAUAUGCUACUAAGCAGUUGACUAAGUCAGGAGUUCGUUUAGUUCGUGGAACUGUGAAGGAUGUUCAACCUAAGAAGAUAGUUCUUAGUGACGGAACUGAUGUUCCGUAUGGUUUAUUGGUGUGGUCGACUGGUGUUGGUCCCUCGACGUUCGUUCAAAAGACGGAUCUUCCGAAGGCUCCUGGAGGAAGGAUUGGGAUCGAUGAGUGGUUACGGGUACCAUCUGUACCCGAUGUAUUUGCGAUUGGGGACUGUUGUGGGUACCUUGAGAGUACCGGCAAAUCAACCCUUCCGGCUUUGGCUCAAGUGGCGGAGAGGGAGGGGAAGUACCUGGCGGAACUUUUAAACAAGAUCGGUAAGGCGGGUGGCGGGCAUGCUAAUAGUGACGGAGAUUUGGAACUCGGGGCGCCUUUUGUUUAUAAGCAUUUGGGAAGCAUGGCAACUGUUGGGAGUUACAAGGCACUUGUGGAUCUCAGGCAAAGCAAGGAAGCAAAAGGUUUGUCGAUUGCUGGAUUUGCUAGUUGGUUCAUUUGGCGUUCUGCUUAUCUCACACGUGUCGUAAGCUGGAGGAAUAGAUUUUAUGUGGCGAUAAACUGGCUAACUACAUUCGUUUUUGGUCGUGAUAUAAGCAGGAUAUAAGCGUCGUCACAAGUGGAAUGGUUGCUUUGAAGCAUAUCGACAUUUGAGGAGCUUGGAACGAACAAAACCCUUGUACUUUUUGCCAUUUUUGUUUCUUCUUUUCGGGCUCUGUUACAUAUGAUUAUAGGCUUUUCGUAAUUGUGAAAUCACGAAUUCUAAACGAUGUAUGGUUAGAGUUUCGAUUAUUGGUCUUGGAAAAGGAAAUACAACUGCCACGUUGUCAAACAUGA